CUCGCUCGGCAGCCGCCGCCGGCGCCCGAGAACAACAUUAGCGCCAGAUUAGCUGCCACUUCUUCUUCUUCUCCUCCCCCAUAAGCCCUCGCGUUGUAUCCCAUCCGAGUUGCCUUUUUGGGUGGUUUUACUCUAUAGAGAGAGCUAUUGCAAAAAGGGGUUGGGUGGGUGUACAGAGAGAGAAAGGAACAGAGAACCGGUGGAAUAGAUCCAGCUCCUUGUCAUAGUUCGAACCUCUCUCUUAUUAUGCAGGUCACUCACACACGCAGAUCGGGGUUGUGGGUUUGUUUGGCUUUUAUGCAACGAUUGGGGGUUUUUUAGCCCAUCUUUUUCCUUAGCGAAGGGGGGGGGGUCGGCCAGCGUGGUUUGACGUCUCGCCCAGGUUUUGUCCCCUUGGCUUAGCCAAGGGAGUCUCUCCUCUGGAGAUUUUGAAACAGAGGCUGGGUGGCCAUCUGUCGGGAGGGCUUUGAUGGUAUAUUCCUUAUCGGACUGGAGGGCCCUUGGGGUCUCUUCCAACUCUUUGAUGUGAUUGUGGUUUCAGCUUCUCAGCCACUGCAGGGAGAUUUCUUCUGAGGAGGCUGGUGAGCUGUUUCCGCGUUCUGAAAUCGAGGGCGAGGGGGGAGGAGGACCUUUUGCUGCAGGAGACGCUUGCUUUUUGGUAUUGACUGUUUACUCCAAUGGCCCGAACCAGCCCAAACCUGUUUCUUCACAGAGCCUGGGCUUGAGCUUUGCCCGCCGGAGGGAGGCUCCUCCUAAGCAAGGCUGGGAGGGACAGGAAAGGGAAGAGCUCGGAGGAGGAGGGGGAGAGGCGAGCCUUGCCAUGAGCAGCGCCUCGGUGAGAUUUUGGGGAGCUCCUCGGCGGCGACUCCUCGGCGCUGCUUGCAGCCUAAUCCGCCCUUCUUCGCCCGGCGCCAGGCGCAUCGUGGACAUGUCAUACUCGCGGCAGUUUCUGGAUUUCCAGGGCUCCAACAUCCCCGCCUCCAUGAAGAAGGUGGUGGUCACCAAGCUGAGCUCCGACUUCCGAGAAGCCGCCACCUUGCACCGCGACGCCCCGGUGCCUCUCCCUGGAGAUGGAGACCUCCUGAUCCGAAACAGAUUUGUGGGCAUUAAUGCAUCUGAUAUUAACUUCUCAGCCGGCCGAUAUAAGGCCACAGUUAAGCCCCCAUUUGAUGCAGGCUUUGAAGGAAUUGGCGAAGUAGUUGCCCUGGGUCUAAGUGCAAGCUCUAGAUACUCAGUGGGCCAACCAGUGGCCUACAUAAAAUAUGGUGCCUUUGCUGAAUAUACCGUAGUGCCUGCUAAAGAAGCCAUCCCAGUACCUUCUGUGAAACCUGAAUUUCUCACCCUCCUGGUAAGUGGAACUACAGCUUAUAUCAGUCUGAAGGAGCUUGGAAAACUGUCAGAAGGGAAGAAGGUUCUGGUGACAGCAGCGGCUGGAGGAACGGGUCAGAUUGCUGUGCAAGUUGCAAAGAAGGCAAAAUGCCAUGUAAUAGGAACUUGCUCCAGUGAUGAAAAAUCAGGCUAUUUGAAAUCCAUUGGCUGUGACCAUCCUAUCAAUUAUAAAACUGAAAAUGUUGCUGCUAUUCUUAAGAAGAACUACCCGGAUGGUGUGGACGUCGUGUAUGAAUCUGUUGGUGGGAAGAUGUUUGACUUGGCUGUCAAUGCCUUAGCUAUCAAAGGGUGUCUGAUAAUUAUUGGGUUUAUUUCUGGCUACCAAAGCCGUACUGGCCUUCCAUCUAGUCAGGUAGAAAACCUGCCAGCAAAACUGCUUCAUAAAUCUGCCAGCGUCCAUGGGUUCUUCUUAAAUCAUUACUUCUCUGAAUUCAAAAUGGCAAUGAAACACUUGCUCACAAUGUGUGAAAAUGGAGAGCUGGUUUGUGAGGUAGACUUAGGAGACAUGUCUCCAGAGGGCAGGUUCUCCGGUUUAGAGUCAGUCUUCCGUGCUAUAGAUUAUAUGUAUCAGGGAAAAAACAUUGGAAAAAUUGUAGUAGAAUUACCUCACUCGGUCAACAGUAAGCUGUGAAAACAGAACAAUGAUAUAAAUCAAAAGAGGGAAAAUGGGCUCGUUAUGCUUCUCGAAAAUUGAAACAGUUUAAUUUCUUUAAAGUUGGCAAAAGAUAGAAUAUUAAAAUAGCAUUUAUGUACUAAUAAAAUUGUUUCCUUUCCAAGCUAUUGUAUUUUUUAUAAAUGCAAUUUCUGAUUGAUACUCCUUUAAGCAGUAACACUGUAUUUGUGUCUGGAACUUUUGAAUGAAUUUAUGAUUAAGCUUAAACUGAAUCUGAAUGUAAUUCUAAUAAUAAAAACUGAUUUUAUACCUUUCCUCUAUAACUGAAUAAGUUAAGACAUACAAGGCCUCAGUCCUUUGCACACUUAUUUACUUGGAUGUAAAUCCCUUUUACCUCUGGAGGUUUACCUUUGUGUGCACCUGGAUGUAAUUCAUAGAAUCAUAGAAUCAUAGAAUAGUAGAGUUGGAAGAGACCACAUGGGCCAUCUAGUCCAACCCCCUGCUAAGAAGCAGGAAAUCGCAUUCAAAGCACCCCCGACAGAUGGCCAUCCAGCCUCUGCUUAAAAGCCUCCAAGGAAGGAGCCUCCACCACGGCCCCGGGGAGAGAGUUCCACUGUCGAACAGCUCUCACAGUGAGGAAGUUCUUCCUGAUGUUCAGGUGGAUUGCACAGUUACACACUUCUGUUUACACACUUACCUGAAAAUGUAUCUCAAGUGAUAUCUGUUACUUUUAUAAUUUGUGUUUGAAAUGAUGGACACAAUCCAUCAGGACAUUCUGCUAAGCAAUGAGGGAAAGAGGGCUCCAUCUAAGUAAAUUGGGUUUUCAAGAGCUUACACAGGACAGCAUUGUAGAGUGCAUCUGCGAUGAAGAAUUAAUGCAGCUUGCUACCACUUCAACAGCUAUGGUGUAGAAUUAUAGGAUUUGUAGUUUUGUGAGGCACCAGCACUCUCUGGCAGAGAAGGCCAAAGACCUUAUAAAACUAAAACUCCCAUGUUGCCAUAGCAUCUGUGGCAAUUAAAGUAUCAAACUACAUUAAUUCUUCAGUGUAGAUGCACCCACAAUAAUUUUAAUAAUAAAAAAUAUCCAACCUGUUUUCCAUUACAAUUCCAAAUGAGCAUGUUCAUUUUCCAUGGUAGUCAGAUUUUUUUGUUACAUUUCUUUUUUAUUUGGAGAACUCAUCUAGUUGAGUACAUGUUGAUCUCCUUUGCUAACUCCAUGUUAUCUGAUGUAUUUUGAUGUACUGUAUUCAUUUUACAGUGUUUCUUUUAAAAGUAUAACUUUGUCUGAAUGCAUGCAUUCAGUGAACUAGUAUUACUGUGACAACACAUUCUGUUUACUAAAGUAAUCUAAAAUAGUAAAUAACUGGAUUGGUUGGUUAGAAUAGCAUCAGCAUGGGUCACACUCGUUUAUGCCGUAAAUAUGCCGUUUCAAUCUGGAAUUAUAUUUUUACAUUUGAGUUACUCUUUCAAAACCUUUCAUUGUGUUUUGGGGCAAUUAUGUACAUUUCUACCGAGAAGUAAGUCCUAUUGGUAUAUUGAGCUUACUCCCAAUAUAUCAUGGAGGUUUACACUACAUUUCUUUCCAGUUGCCUGGGAAUAAUUUGACACGUUUGAUAUUGCACACAUAAAAAUAUAGCUUCCUUUAACCACCUUUUAACAUUAGUUUCAUUUUAUAUGCUUGGGCUUUUAGGAAGUGGGGACUUUAAUUUAAAUCAGUGUAUAGUACUUGAAGGCACAUAUAGAAACAUAGUAUGUUUCAUUGUAGAUGCAGUGGAAUAUGUACAAACCUUUCUCAGAUAGUUACAAACAUAAAAUGAAUCGCUGGAAGAUACUAUUUUAAAAACAAAUUCAAGGGUCAACUACUGCUUUUUCAGCUACUCUGACAAUCAGUAUUAUUCUUUAAUAUCAUUUUAUUGAGGUAAAUUGAUUUUUUAAUGCUUCCCUAGUACAGCUCUAUUAUUCUUGCUAUGCUACAUCUCUUAUCCAAGUAGUAAGGUUUAAACCAACUGAGCACCAUUCAAUUCAGUAUAACCUAAGCAGCUCACAAUCACUGAAUUUUGGAUUGGGCUAGAGAAAAAUGUGCUUGAUGGGUGGAAUUAAUAUAUAUUACCAGUUGAUCACACUAUGGAAACACUCUCAUUAUGAUGAACUUUUUGGCUUCCAUCUGUGAUUUAAAAAUAAAAGUAGGAACUGUUAUGAGAUUUCUCAAGACAGUAUAAUUGUUGAGAAUCAAAUUUAUGUUUUAAGACGUAAGGAAUUAAAACUAUAACUGUUCUGCAGCAAACCUAUUCAGUGACUGAAGGCCAUUUGUUUUACAUUUUUUACUGAGACAUUAGUUCUUGAACUUCACAACUGAUUCCUAUCAUUUUGAGAGACAUUUUCUAAACAUCAGCAUGUUUAUAUUCCAGUUGGAAAUUCAGAACUAAGUACCCUGAUUUCAGGGAAAUCCACUUUAAAGGAGCGCUUUGAGAGAUUUCAAUCUUUGGGUGCAUUUGUUUCUAGUUAAAAGUGAUGCAAAUCCUAUUAAGUUUUAAGAGGGCAGAACACCCCAACAUAUACAAGUUGAAUAAUUAAACUUUAAUCAUUGGAUCUAGAUUUGACAUUUAAAGGAGCCUUUCUUAUCAAAGGGACAUAGGUGUGUGGUGACCAACACAAGGUCCAUUGACGGUAAUGAUGUAGUCUGUAACAAGUACAAGUAAUUUGAGAUGAUAUAGCUAAGAUGCUAUAUAAUUACAAUUGGUCAGGCUUUUUUUUAACUAAAUGCAGCAAUUACUAAAAACUUGUAACAAUAAUUAAUGGUCUGAGUAACAUUUUCAAGCACUGUCUUGGACAUAUCACCGUUUCAUGUUGUAAUUUAUAUGUUUUAGACUGUAGACAAUUUUAAUAUUUUUAACCUAAAUUGGUUUCAUACCCCUCCUUCUUAGAUAAGUCAAUCCAGGCAUGUUGGGGUUGUACUUCUUGACAUAUUAAACGGUAAACAAUGCAAUAUUUCUUUUAUGUUCUGAAAAGGAAUGGUUUUUCAUGGUAUUCCAUAAAGAUACUAUCUGGUAGUUUUAUUGUGCUCUCUCGCUCUCUCUCUCUCUACACACACACACACACAUAUUUGAUUCUCAUAGUUAAAAGAUGUAUUGUAGUCUCACCAUAAUAUGAAUUAUUUUACUUCUGAAAAAGCAGUGAAUUUAAAUAAUGAGGCAGCAUUAGCAAUCAAAUAAAAGGAAUAUGGUAUAGACAAAGGACAGUAUGAAAGCAUAUUAAUUAGAAAUACUAUCAAUUCACAGCAGGUUCAUCCAUGAUAAACCUACUCCACAAUCCAGAUUGCUAAGCGCAUAAAUGGAGGAAGGUUGUGAUUUUCUUUUCUAACUGUUGCAGUUUACCUGUUAAAUAUUAGAAUGGUGGAAAAAGGCACAGGAGUGUGUUUAUGUGACACUAUAUAUUUCAUAGGGUUUUCAAAGGGAACUAAUAUUCCUUGGUGGCUAUGCCAAACUGUACUACUGAAAUAAUUGUCUGCAGCAUCUAGCAUUUGCUGAGUUUCCCGUUCAAGUAGUUACCAGGGCUGAUGCUGCUUAGCUUCCAAGAUCAAGUGGAUUCCAGUGCCUUUAGAGUAUUUGGUCCUUAAAAGCUACAUUGCAAUUGGUAGCCCAGAAAAGGUCAGCUCCAUAUUCAGAAUUUAGGAUUAUGCCUUUACAUGCUUUCAGAUAUGAUUUUUCAGAAAGCAUAACGAGCCCUUAAAUGCAAAGAAAUGUGAAUAAUGCACUUGUCUUACAAACACAUUAGAUACAUUAGGCCUUUGGUAAGGUUAUGAGCCAGCAUGGUUUAGUGGUUUGAUCACUGGAUUAGAAUUCUGGAGAAUAAUUCAAAUCCUCGCUCAAUCGAGAAAAUACACUGGAUGACAAUGGGCAAGUCACACUCACUUCAUCUCAGAAAACCUUGUGAUAGCUUUGUUUUAGGAUUGCAUUCAACUGGAAAUAAUCUGAAGGAAUAUAAGAACAUUUUUUGAAAAAAUCCCCAUAAGUGCCACUGAAUGCAGUAGAACAUCCGAGAACAUAUGGAUAAGAUUACUUGCAGUAUUGCUGUUUUUCCUAUAACUUGUUAUUUUAAUUUUUUUACUUGAAAUUCCUAGCUGUGGGAAACCCGAGAGAGGUAUGUUUGCAGACAGAAACAGCUGAGUUUUAAUACCUAUACCAAUGGCUUUAAUAUAGGGGAAAGGGAUGAGAAGGAGGGUGACAACAGUGAAGAUGGUGCUGCUGGGUUUUUUAAGGCAAUCAUAAUGCCCACUGAAUGUAUUUUCUAUUGGCCUUAGGUCUGUUUUACCAGCUACAUUUCUGUUGAAGUAUAUUGUUAUUCUGAAAUGUUUUAAUGCUUUUUUGAAUUAAAUUAUGUUUCUAUAACCUUG